AUGGACCAAUCUCUCAGGAACCUUGCCUGCGUCCCUGGGCAGGGGCGUGUGUGGUGGACCAGCGGAGAGCAUCCGCCUUCUGCUCUUUCUGCUCCAGAUUCUGCUCCUCCUGCUCCCCGCAAGGCCUCUACUCCUCCUGCUCCCCGCAAGGCCUCUGCUCCUCCUGCUCCCCGCAAGGCCUCUGCUCCUCCUGCUCCCCGCCAGGCCUCUGCUCCUCCUGCAAGCGACCAGUCCGAAGCUCGUUCGGCUUCUUGUUCCUCCUCACCCGUUCCUCCUCACCCGUUCCUCCUCACCCGUUCCUCCUCACCCGUUCCUCCUCACCUGUUCCUCCUCACCCGUUCCUCCUCACCCGUUCCUCCUCACCCGUUCCUCCUCACCCGUUCCUCCUCACCCGUUCCUCCUCACCCGUUCCUCCUCACCCGUUCCUCCUCACCCGUUCCUCCUCACCCGUUCCUCCUCACCCGUUCCUCCUCACCCGUUCCUCCUCACCCGUUCCUCCUCACCCGUUCCUCCUCACCCGUUCCUCCUCACCCGUUCCUCCUCACCCGUUCCUCCUCACCCGUUCCUCCUCACCCGUUCCUCCUCACCCGUUCCUCCUCACCCGUUCCUCCUCACCCGUUCCUCCUCACCCGUUCCUCCUCACCCGUUCCUCCUCACCCGUUCCUCCUCACCCGUUCCUCCUCACCCGUUCCUCCUCACCCGUUCCUCCUCACCCGUUCCUCCUCACCCGUUCCUCCUCACCCGUUCCUCCUCACCCGUUCCUCCUCACCCGUUCCUCCUCACCCGUUCCUCCUCACCCGUUCCUCCUCACCCGUUCAUCCUCACCCGUUCCUCCUCACCCGUUCCUCCUCACCCAUUCCUCCUCACCCGUUCCUCCUCACCCAUUCCUCCUCACCCGUUCCUCUCACCCGUUCCUCUCACCAGUGCAAACAAACGCCUCUGGGAACCCCACCACCACCACCAUCCCCGCGAGUCCUGCCGCCCCCACAAGCCCCUCCAAUGCCCCCUCGGAUUCUACCGGAUUGGGGUCUAUCCGGGGAGGUGACUCAGAUGGCCAGCAAGCACCAUCCCAACCUGGUGCGGCUGUUGGGUUACUCCAUGGGGGGCGAUGUGCGGUCGAGCAUAGAGCAGAUUCUCAUCUACGAGUUUGUGUCCCAUGGAGACUUGGCGAAAUGGGUUGGGAAAGACGCACCAACGCCCCUCACACUGCAGCAACGGCUGGGCAUCCUCAUUGGAGCGGCGCACGGCUUUGAGUACCUUCAUAGCUUUGGCAUCGUGCAUCGCGACAUCAAACCCGCCAACAUCCUGCUGGAUUCAAAAAUGAAUCCAAAGAUUGCAGACUUUGGGUUGGUGGGCUGCCACGUCUCAGGCGAAAAAGACGCCUUCCUGCUGAGAGACCCGCGCAUGGAAGAAGAAGACGCACCUGAUGAUGUCAUCCUGCGCGCUGCUCACCUGGCCCUCACCUGCACGGCCGCGCUCACAGCCACUCGCCCCAGCAUGGCGCGCCUGGCCAAUGACUUGGAGGGUAUCCGGGGGGAGGUGGUGGGGGAGGAGGUGAACCGCGCAGCAGAGAGGGUGGACGAGGUGGUGCGGCUGGGCACAGGGAAAAUGAGGACGCUGGAGGAGUUGAAGAUUGUGACUGAGUCGCUGGAUGCAGAUGCUGAUGCUGAGUUGAGCUUUGAGGCAGAGAGAUUGUUCUCAUACAUUGGUUGGUUACACUCUUGGCUCAUGACUUGGAGGCUAUCUGGAAGGAAGUGGUGGGGGAGGAGAUGA